AUGUCAAGUGAUGAAGACCCUUUUGCUUUAGCGGAAAAAUACUACGGUGACAACAAGAAGAAGAAUCACGGAAAAAACUCGCCGUUAAACAGGGUUCGGACUUUUAGUACUUUUGAGUCAACGUCAACAAAACAACAAUUCUUGAAAGAAUUGAAUAAGCCUCACCCUAUUACUGACUCCAUCAAAGAAGGAUCAGAGCCUCCAAGUUCAGGUGGUUCAAAAUCUCCAUCUCCAUCAGGAAUAGCAUUCUGUGAUACUCCAGGUAGUGGGGCAAAGGUGAACUUUAAUCUUAACAUGAACCACGAUACUGAUGUCGAUGAAGAUGAAGACGACGGAUACGACAGCAAGGAGAAGACCCUGGACAUAAAAAAGCUUCCAAAGUUGAAUCGGGAAAUAUCUCCAGAUUCUGUCACGCCUGAUGAUGUCGAUAUCGAUGGGGCUAAAGAACAAAGAUUUGUCAGACAUGCAACCGAGCUUGCAGCCAAGAAAAGACCCUCCAUUGUGCCCCUUUAUCAACACGAGGAUAAUUCACAGGCUCUUGUACCACCACCACAGAACACACUUCACUUUCGGAGAGCAUCGUUGGAUGACUCGGUACUUCGCCCAAAGAAAUUUUAUAUCAAUGAUGUCCAAGAGACUUUAAAAGAGUUGUUGGAAAAUGAAGAUACUGACAACAAUUGUCAAAUCACCAUUGAAGACACGGGUCCAAAAGUGUUGCGAUUAGGAACUGCAAACUCCAAUGGGUUCAAGCUGUCACAGGUGAGGGGCACUUAUAUGUUGAGUAAUUUGUUGCAGGAAUUGACAAUUGCCAGUAGAUUUGGAAGGCACCAGAUUAUAUUAGAUGAAGCCAGAUUGAAUGAGAACCCAGUUGAUAGGAUGAAACGUUUGAUUUCAACAUCUUUUUGGAAAAAUUUAACCAGACGCAUCACCAGGGACAAUAUUGUUGAGAUGUCGAGAGAUACAAAGAUCAAGGAAUCCUAUGUUGAUGAAAAUGGAGUACUACAUGAAGGUAAAGAAAGCUACCGAAUUUACGUACCUCAUAAUCGCAAAGAUCAAUAUGAUUUCCUCACGAAAAUCAAGAAUAGCUCAAAGGAUGUUCCCUUGGACGUACAAUACUUGCCGGAAAAGAUUGAUGCUGACUUCAUAAAGUCUAUUAACAAAAAGCCCGGUUUGUUGGCAAUUGCAUCUAAACCAGACUCCAAUGACCCCAAAAACUUAAUUGGUUGGCCGUAUGUCGUCCCGGGUGGCCGAUUCAAUGAGUUGUACGGUUGGGACUCAUAUAUGGAAACACUUGGCUUGUUGACAGACGUCCACCCAGACAAGAAUCUUAGCCAUCUAGAGCUUGCUAGAGGAAUGGUGGAGAACUUUAUUUAUGAAAUUGAGUAUUAUGGUAAAAUUUUAAAUGCGAACAGAUCCUACUAUUUGGGUCGCUCGCAGCCACCGUUCUUAACUGAUAUGGCCUUGAGAGUGUUCAAUAAAAUGGUUGAAACAAAUCCGGGUGAAAUUAACGAAGCCGUAGACUUUUUGCGCCGUUCUGCAUUGGCUGCUAUAAAGGAGUACGAAACAGUUUGGUGCUGUGCUCCGAGGUUGGACGAGCGUACUGGGUUAUCAUGCUACCACCCUGCAGGAAAAGGUAUUCCUCCUGAAACAGAAGCUUCUCAUUUCAAUGCUAUCUUGAAGGACUAUGUUGAAAAGUAUGGCAUUAGUCAAGAAGAAUUUAUUGAAAAAUACAACAAUGGAGAGAUUAAAGAGCCGAAAUUGGAUGAAUAUUUCUUGCAUGAUAGAGCAGUUAGAGAAUCAGGUCAUGAUACCUCGUAUAGAUUGGAAGGUAAGUGUGCAUACUUGGCAACCGUGGACUUGAACUCACUUUUAUUCAAAUACGAAAACGAUCUCGCAUUUAUAUUGUCAAACUGCUUUAAUGACAAAUUGGAAGAUAGGGAAGGUAACGUGCACACUUCGGAAAUUUGGAUUCACAGGGCCAAGGAAAGGAAAAAGAAUGCUGACAAGUAUCUUUGGAACGAAAAAGAUUGCAUUUAUUAUGAUUACAAUGUCAACGAACAGAAACAAGAAGACUAUGAAUCGGCCACUUGUUUCUGGCCCUUGUAUUCCAAGUUGGCUUCGAAAGAACAAGCUGCUAAAUUGGUGGAUGUUUCCAUUCCUAAGUUUGAGGAGCAUGGUGGAUUAGUUGCUGGAACAUUGAAAUCGAGAGGUGAAGUCAGUUUGAGCAGACCUUCGCGUCAAUGGGACUAUCCAUUUGGAUGGGCUCCACAGCAGAUUUUGGCUUGGAUAGGUUUGGUCAAUUAUGGAUACGAUGGUAUUGCUAGAAGAUUGGCUUAUAGAUGGCUUUACAUGAUGACGAAAUCAUUUGUUGAUUACAAUGGUGUUGUCGUGGAGAAAUAUAACGUUACAAAAGGUGCGGUUCCGAUUCGAGUUGAUGCCGAGUAUGGUAAUCAAGGAUUGAAUUUUAAAGGUGUUGCCACAGAAGGAUUUGGUUGGGUGAAUGCGUCGUAUUUAUUUGGGUUAACCUUUUUGGAUCUCUAUGCGCAGAGAGCUUUGGGAACCUUGACUCCACCCGACGUAUUUUUGAGAAACAUGCAUCCUUCGCAGAGAAGAGGUUAUCAAUGA